CUCACGGACAAUGACAUCGCUGCUCAUGCACGCUAAAUGAGCUAAACGGAGCUCAUUGUGCACCAUAGUCCUUGCAGGUCAACGUACUACUACAGAUAAGAUACCAAAUAACUUCAAAUAGAGAUAAGGAUGCUCCUCUAUUUUGCAUCAGUGCUGUUGGCCACAACUCUGACCUGUGUCUGGACCCAAGACCUGCAAAACAACAGGAAAGCUAAAUCUCGCACAAAAACCUUGGCUGCAAAUCUUUAUGAUGGACAAGCCAUCCUCGAUGAAGAUUGCAGCCUGGAGCUUUCCUUUCUGAUGGACAGCUCCGAGAGUGCCAAGGAUAACCAUGAGCAGGAGAAGCAGUUUGCUAUGAACUUGGUGAAUAAACUCCAAGGCCUGAAGCUGAAUUCGGGCCGCAGCAUGAGCCUGAGGGUGGCCCUGCUCCAAUACAGCAGCCAUGUCAUCACGGAGCAAAGGUUCAGCGACUGGAGGGGACUGGAGAAUUUUAGGAACCGUGUGACUCCCAUCAUCUACAUCGGCCAUGGCACCUACACCACCUACGCCAUCACCAACAUGACCAAGAUCUACAUGGAGGAGUCCAGCCAGGGGAGCAUCAAAGUAGCCGUUCUCCUCACAGAUGGCUCCUCGCACCCGAGGAACCCGGAUAUUUUCACUGCUGUUGCUGACGCCAAGAACCAGGGCAUCAAAUUCUUCACUCUUGGCAUCACCCGGACCGCCAACGAGCCCACCAAUGUAGCCCAACUUCGAAUGAUCGCCAGCUCUCCUGCAUCCGAAUUUCUCCACAAUUUGCAGGACAAGGAUAUAGUUGAGAAAAUAGCUUCUAAGAUUAGUGACCUGGCAGAUGAAGGAUGUCCUCUGACUCAGAAAUGUGCUUGUGAGAAAGGCGAGAGAGGGUCUAGUGGGCCUGCGGGGAAGAAAGGUCGCGCUGGAGAAGAUGGAGCCCCAGGGCUGAAAGGGCAUAAGGGUGAAGCAGGACUAGGUGGUCUACCUGGACAAGAAGGUACUGAGGGAAAACCAGGUUAUAAAGGCGAUAAGGGUGAAAGGGGAGAAUGUGGCAUUCCAGGAGUCAAAGGAGACAGGGGUCCUGAGGGUUUACUUGGUGUAAGAGGGCAAAGAGGACUACAGGGGCUACCAGGACCACAUGGUGACAUCGGGCCAAUGGGCCCACAGGGAAAGCAGGGGGAACGUGGACCACUUGGCCCUCCAGGAAUUCAAGGGGAAACCGGCAUUGGGCUAACAGGACCAAAAGGUGACAUGGGGUUCCAAGGCCGCCCAGGCCCCAGUGGUCCUCCAGGAGUUGGUGAACAUGGCCCACAUGGACCGCAAGGGCCGCAAGGUGUUCAGGGGGAGAAAGGACCCCAGGGUGAGGGCUUCCCCGGACCAAAGGGGGAUCGGGGGCUGCCAGGGCCGAGGGGCUCAAGAGGACAACAGGGGGUUGGAAUUAAAGGAGAACAGGGUGAAUUAGGGCCUGCAGGUCCUCCAGGGUUCACUGGGCUGACAGGAGUGGGCAUACAGGGCGAGAAGGGAGUUGAGGGUCCAAGGGGUCCACCAGGAGUUAGAGGGAUUCCUGGAGCAGGUUUGCCUGGAUCCAAGGGGGACCAAGGUUUACCUGGAGAACAAGGAUCUCCAGGAGAGAGAGGCAUUGGUGAAGCUGGUACAAAGGGGGAGCCUGGAGCUUCUGGUCUGGGGGGCUUGCCGGGUCUUCCAGGAGAAGAUGGGGCGCCAGGGCAGAAGGGGGAGCCUGGGUUGUCCGGUUCAAGAGGUUCUGAGGGACCACCAGGCAUUGGCACUCAAGGAGAGAAGGGAGACCAGGGUCUGAGGGGCAUUCGUGGGUUACACGGACCUCCAGGCAUCUCAGGACCAUCUGGACCAAAGGGUGAACGUGGGGUACCCGGUCAGCAGGGAAAUCCAGGGCAGCCAGGACGAUCUAUAACUGGUCCAAAGGGGGAUCUAGGUCCGUCUGGUCCUCCUGGACCAAUUGGGGAAACAGGCCUUGGGCUUCCAGGUCCAAAGGGUGACAGAGGUCUCAGUGGCCUACCUGGUCCAGUUGGACCAAAAGGCGAAGGCAGCCCUGGUCCUUUGGGGCCCCCAGGCAUGCCAGGUUUACCAGGAGAGUCUGGACCAGAAGGAAUGGGAAUUCCAGGACCUAAGGGGGAUGUUGGCUUUAGAGGAUUACCAGGUUUGCCCGGCCCACCUGGAGAGGGAAUACAAGGACCUCCAGGUAAUGUUGGGAGACCAGGACCCGCUGGACCAAAUGGACCUCCAGGAGAGGGUAUUCAAGGACCUAAGGGUGAUCCUGGAUCCCAAGGUAUGACUGGACCUCGAGGGCCCUCAGGAGAUGGGUUUCAGGGAGCUAAAGGUGACCGUGGAUCUCAGGGUGAGAGGGGAAUGAAAGGUGCAAAGGGAGUUUUAGGAGAUCCUGGACUACCUGGUGAAGUAGGAAGAGCAGGAACAAAAGGAGUACCAGGCCUAACAAGAGAAGACAUUAUUAAGCUCAUCAAAGAAAUAUGUGGAUGCGGCGUCAAGUGCAAAGAAAGACCAAUGGAACUGGUCUUUGUGAUCGACAGCUCAGAGAGCGUUGGCCCUGAGAACUUUGAAAUCAUCAAAGACUUUGUCACUCGAUUGGUGGACGGGACCACGGUGGGACGCAACGCAACAAGAAUCGGCCUUAUCCUCUACAGCCUGGAGGUCCAUCUGGAGUUCAACUUGGUCCGUUACAUAAACAAACAGGAUGUGAAACAGGCGAUCCGAAAGAUUUCUUACAUGGGAGAGGGCACCUACACUGGAACCGCCAUCAGAAAGGCCACCCAAGAGGCUUUUUACAGCGCCCGGUCCGGGGUCAGGAAGGUGGCUAUCGUCAUCACCGAUGGUCAGACCGACAAGCGAGAGCCAGUUAAACUUGACAUGGCAGUGCGGGAGGCUCAUGCUGCAAAUAUUGAGAUGUACGCUCUGGGAAUUGUCAAUUCUUCUGAUCCAACACAGGCCGAGUUUCUGAGUGAACUCAACCUCAUCGCUUCUGAUCCUGAUAGUGAACACAUGUACCUUAUUGACGACUUCAACACUUUACCAGCACUGGAGUCUAAGCUCGUCAGCCAGUUCUGUGAGGAUGAAAACGGUGCCCUAAUCUACAAUCGAGUCACAAACGGCCACCGGAACGGGCUUGGUGUUAACGGACACAUUGGUUAUGGAGGACAUAACAAUGUACAUAACAACAACAACAACGGGAAUGGAUUUAACAACAACGAGAAGGAGGUCACAAAUCUGAGACGUAUAAACGACCGAGGCCGUGGUGACACUUUCACACUGCCAAUCAGUCCUGAUACACUCCCUAUUCAGGUGGUAGAAGAUGAAGAUGGUGAAGAUUUAGAUCUAAGAGCCCAAGUGAGGGCCAGCAGCACCAUGGCUGUAGUGAACAAAACAUAUUUGUCACAUGGGAAGGAAAGUUCUGUCUCGAACGAGGCAGACUUAUCAUCAUCAUCAUCAUCAUCAUCAUCAUCAUCCUCCAUACAAGUUUCAGUUUCUUCCUCAGACCCUACUCAGUUGAAGCCAAAAAAGGUCUCCCUUCGCGACCCCCGCUGUGACCUCAACUUGGACCAAGGCACUUGCCGAGAGUACAGCAUCCACUGGUACUACGACAAGCAGGCUAAUUCCUGUGCACAGUUUUGGUACGGAGGCUGCGCUGGAAAUGAGAACCGUUUUGAGCAAGAAGAUGAAUGCAAGAAGACUUGCGUUCGAUUGAGGAAAGAUACAGAAAGUUUUUAAUAGUAAAUAUUAGGGGUGUCCAGAUCGGAUAUUGAUUUCGGAUUAAAAAAAAAAAACAAGUAUCGGAUAAUAUCGGUUGCCUUUAAAAUCUCCGAUGUGCGAUACAAGAAGUCUUGCAGCGUGUUAAAUUGUGCAAAGUUAACAUCUAAAUGUCCUCCAAUAGUUACACAAGGUCGAUCCUUUCUUGUGUUUAAGUGAAGUCAUUUACAUAUGGUAAACAUGGUAGGCGAUAGGCUACUAGGAACUGGCAGCUACACAACAGCUAAGCAAACAAUAGCACACAAAUUAGCUUAAAAUACAACAUGUGUCAAUAUAAACAAGGAUCAAAUAAUUAUUAUUUGAUUCUCCAAGGCAGAAGCAUAUUAGAAAGUAUCCAGUAACAAACGUGUUCACAUCAUUUAGCUUACUGUAUCAUUAGUUUAUCUUAAUGAAUAAUUGUGACCACUAGAUGUCGCCAAAACAUAGAUUACCACUUAGCAUACAUCUGUCAUAAAUUUACUGUUUUUUAUACGUACCAUUUGUUCUUUGAGUAAAUGUACUUGAUCAAACCUUUUCUAACAUUCCAGACUACAAAAUGAAAUUAUUUAAUCCCAUAAGGUUAGAGAUGUUCCUACCAACCAUUGUUCUCUUUUUGACUUGCUCAAAGCUUUUUUUAUAUGCCAAUCUAUAAAAUUAUACAAGUAUUGGUACUGGGAUAGGCUCCAGCACCCCAAGAGGGACAAGCGGUAGAAAAUGGUUGGAUGGACUAUGAUUCCUGUGAUAUCUUAUUGGAUUAAUAUCAAUCAAUCAAUCAAUCAAAGUUUAUUUAUAUAGCCCUAAAUCACGAGUGUCUCAAAGGGCUGCACAAGCCACAACGACAUCAGUAUUAAUAUCAGUAUUGGCCAAUAAUAUCAGGAGCAUAUUGGAAGUGGAAAAGAUGCAUCGGGACACCCCUAGUAAAUAUAUAUAUAUAUAUAAAUUGAUGAUGCUUGAGUAGUCAUUUUGUUUUUCAAAGCAGGAUAAAGAAAAAUAGGAAAUGUGGGUGUUUCAAAAUUACAAUCAUUUUCUGACAUCAAUGUUUUUUCAUUGGAAAACUCCAAAAUCGGAAAAAGAAUAUACUAAGCAUAUUGCUGGUUCAAACAAAUACAUUAAUGACGUGUUGAUUUUGAAAUAUGCAAAAUGUGUUAUGCUAUUCGACAUUCUAAGCCGUGUGGUUUACAUUGACUACAUCUCUUUUGCAAGACAACAAUAGUUUUAAUGUACUGGAGUCGUGUUUUUAUUGGCCGCUGCUAUACAAGGCUGCUUAUUUUUAAGUGCAGAAGUCUACUGAAGGUAUGUGCAG